UAAACCAAAAAAAAAAAAAAAAAAAAAGAAAAAAUUAAGGUUCGAGUCCCAGUGACCACGAGUCCUCACAUUUUGCAAUUUACGUCUGCAAAUAUACGCCUGAUAAAAAUAAAAUCUUUUCUCAAAAUUGAAUGGCUGCUCCGGCGGUUGAAGGAGUAGCCGUUACGGCGCUCCGGUCAGUAUUGCUCCGAGCCCGGCAGGCUGCGGAGCGUUCGGGUCGAGAUCCGGGUCGGGUCAAGGUGGUGGCUGUCUCCAAGACCAAGCCAGUUUCUCUUAUCCGCCAGGUCUACGACGCCGGGCAUCGACGUUUUGGCGAAAACUACGUCCAAGAAAUCGUCAAUAAAGCUCCUCAGCAGCUUCCUGAAGACGUGGAGUGGCAUUUUGUUGGGCAUUUGCAGAGCAACAAAGUCAAAUCUCUUCUGGCUGGAGUUCCAAAUCUUGCUAUGGUUGAGGGCGUAGACAAUGAGAAGAUUGCAAAUCAUCUUGAUCGAGCAGUUUCAAGCCUCGGAAGGAAUCCUUUGAAGGUAUUAGUCCAAGUGAAUACCAGUGGAGAAGCAUCUAAAUCUGGUAUUGACCCUUCUGGUUGUCUUCAACUUGCAAAGCAUGUACAAUUGCAUUGCCCAAAUCUGGUGUUCUCUGGCUUAAUGACAAUUGGGAUGCCAGAUUAUACUUCAACUCCAAAAAACUUUAAGACGCUGUCAGACUGUAGAACUGAGGUCUGCAAAGCGCUUGCACUGCAAGAAGAGCAGUAUGAACUCUCAAUGGGCAUGUCUGGUGACUUUGAGCAAGCGAUUGAAAUGGGCAGCACCAGUGUAAGAGUUGGGUCUACUAUAUUUGGACCAAGGGAUUAUUCAAAGAAAAAAUGAAUUUAGUAUCCUGGAGUUCUUGUCCUAGCUUGAUUGAAUUUAUUCAACUCCUUGUACUUAAACCAUUCAGGCUUUCGCGUUGGAUGUAUCUUACUAAUACCUUUGUUACAAAAUUUGCGUUAGCAAAUGUUUUUUUUAAGACAUAAUUGUGAAUAUGAUAUAUAUAUAUAUAUAUA